AAGAGUGACUAGUUUAGUCAAGUCAGUAGCAAUAAACCCUCUAUAAAAUGCCACCCUCCUCCAUUGCUCAUAUACUCUUCUUGAGAAGCAGCCAUGGCAGCAGUUGUACGUUUGCUUCUUGUAUCAGUGGUUUUGCUAUUCUGCCUCGCAGAGGUGUCAUCUGAUUUGAAAAUGGAAGAAGAAAUGGCCCAGGUUGAGGCUGCUGUUAGAGGUGGAAACAGGAGGCUCAUGCAAGAAAUAGAUUGUGGAGGGCUUUGCAAGCAGAGAUGCAGCCUUCACUCGAGGCCAAACGUGUGCACUAGGGCAUGUGGCACGUGCUGUGCUAGGUGUAAGUGUGUGCCACCUGGGACCUCAGGCAAUAGAGAAGUUUGUGGGAAAUGUUAUACUGAAAUGACAACCCAUGGCAACAAUACCAAGUGCCCUUAAUUUUUAGGACCCUUUUUAUGUGUGUUGAUGUAUCUACCCUGCUGGGCCGGGCCUGGGUUAUGUUGAUGUGCUAUAUUUUCUAUGUAUGACAUAUAUAGGUUUAUGUUGUUUCUUUUUC